UCUCACAAGCGCUAUCUCAGCGAGAUGAUGGCUUCCAGCUUAAAUGGAUUAACCGUUGGGGACACCCUCGACAACUAUAUGGAUUCCCCUGCUAGAUCUGAAAGCAUGUUUUAUUUUAGAAUGGGGCAGGAAGCUCCUGCUAAAAGUGGGGUUUGGGGAGGGUCAGACCACUUCGGGUCUGAGUUAUGCAGGCUUACCUUGCAAUUUUCGUAAGAGGCUGUUGCCACGAGUCAAACCCGUGACCUCCAGGUCACACAGCAACAAGUUUACCCUUGCACCCUCAUCAAGUAACCGUGAUUCAACUGAAUCAUUCUUAGUUGGGCUCGUAACUGAGAAGAUGAGCAUUAUGGUGGUUUCUGGGAUCCAAAUCAUUCUUUCAUUCUGGAGGGUAUUGGGACUCAAAUCAAUCCUAGCAUGAUUAGUGGGAUGUUUUUAUAGUGCUGUCUGCAGUUGGAAGAAUUGACUGAUGGCAGUGGUUGCUUGUUGCCGGCUGCCGAGUAGUUGUCGAGACUGCAGUGUAGGAGGCACGUGUUGGAGGUUGCGAUUGUGGUGGAGGCGAACGCAUUUUGUGUUGGAUGCCUGCAGGUGUCAUAGGAGGUGGAGUUAUAAGUUACACGAGUUCUGAAAAACAGCUUCAGGCAUUGAAGAAUAGGGGAAGGAAAUAUUGGAAUUUAAAUAUGCACAUUCCAUUAACCAACAAAACAUACAUUGGACAUCCCCCAUAUAAUGUGCACGAAAAGUGCUUAAAACAUACUUCUAUCUGUUGCUCAAGGACAUUCAUGAAAAGGGAUGACAUGUCCUCACAAUAUUCACCAAUGUCAGAAGAUUCUGAUGACUCCCGAUUUUGUGAAAUUCCGAUCAAUGCUUGUUCAUCCCAGUCUGACAGCCUCCCAACUAGUCCAGUUUCUCCUUACAGAUGUCAAAGACCAUUUGGUUGUCCAUCAUCUGCUUCUCUUGCCGCAUCAUCCCCUUCAUACAGUCAUAACCUUGUGGCACCCACAUCUUCACAGACCCGUCAACGAGGCUCAGAUUCUGAGGGCCGGUUCCCCUCGUCUCCCAGCGACAUAUGCCACUCAGCAGACUUAAGGAGAGCUGCACUCCUCCGCUCCGUGCAGAUGAGAACACAACCUGCUCCCAACUGUCCGUAUGAAUCGCCAUUUGCUCCGGGGCAUGAAGCUGUGCCCAAUAUGGAGUCAGAGGACGUGAAGUCUCUAUCCGAUGAAAAGGACUAUCAGAUAGAGGAGUGUCCUUCAAGUGGUGCCUCUUCUUCUCAUUUCAACGAAGAAAAAACCUGCAGAUCACCAAAUUCAAGUACUGGAAGGGUUGAAUCUGGGAUAUAAAAGCUUGGGGCAUGAGUUAUAGAGGCAGAGUUAACAUUGUUUUCGAGAUCUGUAUGGACAGUGAUUUGAACAUGGUGAAGGUAUGUGGAUCAACGCAUCAUCAAGAGAUACAUAAUGAUUCAUGCAGCGCAACUUCAAGAAGUUUUUAGCUAUCUAUGGGUCGAAUCUGAUUUUUGACGGGUUGACGCACCGGUGGGUUUCCUGGUAUGACUCACCUUUCUAAUGUGAUCUGUGGGCAGGAAUCAUUAGGCAGAAGUUCAUUAUCAUGAUAUCGGAAUCGAUAGCUGAUCUCAGCAGCAAUGUAGCUAGUGAGUUCGAGCAUGGUUCAUCCGUGCAUCUUUCAAUCUGUUCGGUUUGUAAGGCAACUUUUGAUAAGCUUCUCCUGUGUCAUGAGCUUUUUGAACUUUUUUAACAGAUCUUGUGAGGAAUUGUCACAUGGUCAUCUCUUAAUGUUAA